GCCAAAAUUUUCAAAACAAAAUAUUUCACACCUGUUCUGUUUCAUCCGGUUUUGUGUUCACUUUUUCAUAUCAGCUACUCGAAGCAGUAAAUCAUGAAGUUCAAUGUAAAAACUGUUUUGCAACGCUCCCCUAGACUUGGAGAACUGAGUCAAAUCGCUGGUAAGCUCGACGUUUGUCUGGAGACCCCGUUAGCGCUCCUUCACACGCAGGCGGGCCACAUUCCCCAUAUAACCCAUGAGGUUCUUAAGCUCGUCACUCAAGAGCCCCAUUUUCUUCAGAUUCCAGUGGUCAGCAUGCACAACUAUCUGGAAGCUAUCCAUUUAUACGAUGGACGAGUGGCUGACUUUGUGGGCAGCAAAGACAGUUUAACGUGCGUAACUUUGAAUGAUCCCUCAAAUUUGAUGAAACAGGGCCAUCACAAUAAGGAUAAAGUGCCGAUAUUCACCAAGCGGGGCAAAGUGCUGUAUGACAGUGAAAACUACAUGGAUAUGGUGGAGAAACUUAGGCCUGAUAUGUACAUAAUCCUGAGUGAUGGAGACACCAACAUGACCAGCUCCAAUAAGCGCGUGUCGAAAGCAGUGGAAAACACCGUCAGUUUCAACCAGAGGUGUAUAGAGCGGCACAAAAAAUCUGAGAAGCUUAAGGACGCAUUCGUAAUCGCGCCCAUUGCUGGCGGCUACUGUGUGAAAUCACGUAAACAAUGCCUGGAACUUCUUUCGCCAAACGAGCCAGAUGUUCAGGGAUAUCUCAUUGAUGGGCUGCAUAACAAUGGGCCGGAAGUUGAGCUAAUUUCCUUCAGCGAAGUCAAGCCAAUUGUGGACUACGUGAUAUCCAAGUUGCCCCCCGGAAAACUGCGAGCAAUUCAGGGCUGCUGGAGCCCCCUGAAUAUCAUCAAACUAGUGAACAGUGGAAUCGACAUUUUUGAUACGUCCUACUGCCGAAUUUUGACUGAGCGAUCUGCUGCCUUGACUUUUGCCAUUGAUGCUGGCGAAGCAUCAGAGUCCUAUGAAAUCAACCUGAGACAUGGUAAAUUCAGCGAAGACUUUCAACCCGUGCUCAAGGAGUGUAAAUGUGUCGCUUGCCAGGGCUACUCAAGAGCCUACAUCCACCAUUUGUUAACCGUUCAAGAACUGCUCGGAUCAGUGCUGAUAAUGGUGCAUAAUAUUCAUCACAUGCUGAGAUUUUUCCAAAAAAUCAGGGACAGUGUAAGGGAGGAUAAGCUGAAUGAGUUGGAGGACAGAGUGGCUGCGCAGAUUAAAUUGUUGCAUUGCCACAAGGAGCAACUUGCGAGCAGUGAAUUGUCUAGGAAUAGCACAGAAUAAAUGUAAAGCAUACAUUAAAUUUUAAGUGCUUUAUACAAA